GAGCGCCGGAGUCGAGGCAGUCGCGCGGCAGGCGUCGUGCCAGGUUUGGUUUCGUGGUGCUGUCUCACUGGUGAGGCCGAGAAGCCGGCGAGUCCCGAGGCCGGUCGAACUUGCAGUUUUCAGCUUUUCGUCACCAUGGAGUAUCUCAUCGGUAUUCAGGGCCCUGACUAUGUCCUUGUCGCCUCCGACCGAGUGGCCGCCAGCAAUAUUGUCCAGAUGAAGGACGAUCAUGACAAGAUGUUUAAGAUGAGUGAAAAAAUCUUACUCCUAUGUGUUGGAGAGGCUGGAGACACUGUACAGUUUGCAGAAUAUAUUCAGAAAAAUGUGCAACUUUAUAAGAUGCGAAAUGGAUAUGAAUUGUCUCCCACAGCAGCAGCUAAUUUCACUCGCCGAAACCUGGCAGACUGUCUUCGGAGUAGGACCCCAUAUCAUGUGAACCUCCUCCUGGCUGGCUACGAUGAGCAUGAAGGACCAGCGCUCUACUACAUGGACUAUCUCGCAGCCUUGGCCAAGGCUCCUUUUGCAGCCCAUGGCUAUGGUGCCUUCCUGACUCUCAGUAUCCUGGAUCGAUACUACACACCUAGUAACUAUCUCACGGGAGAGGGCAGUAGAGCUUCUUAGGAAAUGUCUGGAGGAGCUCCAGAAACGCUUCAUCCUGAAUCUGCCAACCUUCAGUGUUCGCGUCAUUGACAAAAACGGCAUCCAUGACCUGGACAACAUUUCCUUCCCCAAACAGGGCUCGUAAUGUCAUGCCCUCCCUCCCAUUUGCCAGGGAACUUUUUUUGAUGGGCGUCUUUAUUUUUUUCUACUCUUUGAAUGUGCACUCUUGAUAGAUGGUUAAUUCAGAAUAAAGCUGAAUGUGGAUAAAUUGA